CGCCCCUUUGGUUGCUCACAGGGGGACGCGGGGGUGUCGAUUUGCAUCGGCGCCGUAGGCUCCGCCCCCGGAAGUGUCUGCGGGCGCGGGGGCUGCCGGGAAAAGAUGGCGGGUGCGGCGUGCGGGGGGCGCUGAGCGGCCCGGGCGGCGGCGGCGGCUGCCAGCGCCAUGGUCUCCCGGUUCCCUGCAGCCCCCGCCGCCGCCCCGCACCAGCCAUGCUGCGCCGGCUGCCAUGGCUGCGCGCCCUGACCCGGGUCCCGGCCGCCGCUGACGGCCGUGGCGCCGGGAUGCAUCCCGGCUGCUACUGCGCGGGCAGGGCCAGGCCGCGGGCGCUGCUGCUGCCGCUGGAGCCCUGCAGCCAUGGGCUGCUCCACGCCGCCGGCCCAGAUGCCGGCAGGGCUCGUGGCAAGCGGAAGAGCUGGAAUUUCAUCCACGAGAAGAUGAGCUACGACACCUUCUUCACGCUGAAGCGGCUGAUUGAGCGCUCGCGCAGCGUUGGUGAGGUGCUGCGCUGGGUCACCCAGAACCCCGGCAAGGUCUCUGCCAGCCACUACCCCAUCGCGCUGCACAAGCUGGGCCAGCUCCUGCAGCAGGGCGACGGCCGCGGGCCGGGGCGCGUGCUGGAGCAGCCAGAAUUCCAGGCGCUCUGCCAGGCCAUCAUCGGCAGCUGCUCCAAGUUUGAUAACUUCAGCAUCGUCAACUGCCUCUAUGCCGCCGCCGCGCUGGGGCUGCCCGGGGAGUCAGCGCUGGUGCGGGUGCUGGAGGAGGAAUCCCGGAGCCGCCUAGGCCGCUUCAACCAGAAGGACGUCUCCAUGGUUUUCAGCAGCGUGAUGCGGCUGCACCCAUCCAGCCCCCACCCGCUGGUGGAAUCCUGCCUCAGCAGCCUGGAGCGGCACCUGGAGAAGGAGCGGCACCCCCAGACCCUCUUCCUGCUCCUCUCCUACUACCGGCUCCGUGCCCAGGCACUGCAAGGGCACCCGCCUUCCGACCAGCAGCUCAUCAACAACCGCAAGAUCCUGCGCCUCGUGCGGCACACGCUGGGACAGGUCAGCGCCGUGCGGGAGCAUGAGCUGGCGCUCCUGGAUGAGAUGCUGGCGCUUUCCGCCCAGGAAGCCAACAACAAGGCCCUGGAAGCCAUCUUCAGCUCCCAGCUCUUCUACGAGAACCGCCAGGAGCGGUUCAUCCGCAGCAUGGCAGAGUGGCUUCCCCGGAAGGCAGAGAACCUGACUCCCUACACCAUGGCCCUCAUCGCCAAGUAUGUGGCACGGCACCGGCUGCGAGAGCCGCGGCUCCUGGACACCAUCGCCAACUUCCUCCUGAAGCGUGGGGAGCAGCUGGACAGCAAGGUGAUCCAGAAGCUGGUGUUCCCCUUCAGCCGGAUGAAUUACCGCCCUUCCAACCAUGGCGAGCUCUUCCCGAAGCUGGAAGCAAUCCUGGAGCAGAAAGCUGGCAGCUCGCCCCUGGCCACCGUCAACAUCCUGAUGUCCAUGUUCCAGCUCAGCCACUUCCCGCAGUCCGUCCUGCACCAGGUCUUCUCCCCAGCCUUCAUCACCAACGUCAUGAGCAGCCCCUACGCGCUCAUUGUGCGCCGCUACCUCUCGCUGCUGGAUGCGGCGGUGGAGCUGGAAUUCCGGGAUUACAGUGGCCCGCGCCUCGACCCGCGCUACCGCGUUCUCAUGUUCGAGCAUGCCCUGACAGCCGACGAGGCCAACAGGAAGUACAGUUACAAGGGGCUGGUGGCCGAGGCGCUGCGGCAGCUGGUGGGAGAGGAAUGCUACCGGCAGGACGAGGUGCUGCCCCCGGGAUACUGCACAGACUUCCUGCUGUGGAUUAACCGCUCAGGCACUGUGCUGCCCCUCUCCCGCAUCCCUAUGGCUUCCAAAGCUCCCUCUUCCCACCCUACGACGUCCUCGGCCACCGUCUCCCUGCGCUCUAGCGUCCUGGCCCUCACCUCGGACUUGCAGGACUUUGCCCCCUUUGCUCCGGAGACACCGAGCAGCCCCGUGGGAUCCCGGGAAAACAACCUGGCCGGGAGAUUCCUGCCCACGCUCUGUCCGGCGCCGGGGGGGCCCUGCUUCCAGCCCCCCGCGGACUAUUACUGCAUCCCGAGCAAGGAGGCUUCCCUGGAAAGCCAGGGCAGCUCCACGCUCAGCAGCCCUUCCGAGUGCCUCUCCGCACAGCCGGCCAGCACGCCCGAUGGCUCCUCCUCUGCCACACUCUUCCAGUUCCCCAUUGGAAAGAUCCUGGAGGAGCAGGAGGCUCCGGCCAGCUGCCCCAACCACGACAGCUUCCAGGGGGAGCAGCCCCCGGAGGAGCCACAGGGAAGGAGCCCCACGCCUGGAGGGGAUUCCGGCCCUCCGCCCUCGCCGUGCCGGCCCAGCCCCAAGCGGGAUCCGGCUGAUACGCACGGAGUGGAAGGCAUUCAGAGGGUGGUUCUCUCCGUGAAUGACAAGUGGCAUUACUGCCAGAAUUCUGAUAUCCUCGUGGGCUCCCGUGCCAUGAGGGACCGGCACCUGCGGCUGCUGGGAUACUGCCUUGUCCAGCUGCCAUACACGGAGCUGGAGAAGGUGAGCGGCAUCGAGGAAGCGAAGCUCUACCUGCGUCGGAAGCUGAGGGAGCUGCGCCUCUGAGCGAUGGAGCCCGGGCGGGAGCGGGGGGCGACGGAGCCGCCCCAUCCCAGGGGAUCCGGGCUGGGCUAGGGGUGGCACGGGAGCUGCUCCCAGAUAUUUAUUGCCGUUAGCGGGGUCCGGGGGUGGAUUCCGGUGCACAGGGAGUGGGGGGGGCUGUGCC